AUGCCCGAGCUCGCAGAAGUCUCGCGCAUCGUGCACUUCAUCCGCCAACAUCUAGUCGGAAAGACCCUCACCAAAGUAUCCACCCAAAACGAUGACAUCGUCUACGGCAAAGCAGGGACCAGCGGCUCUGACUUCCAAAAAGCAAUGCAAGGCAAGAAGAUCGCAAGCGCAGGUCAACAAGGGAAAUACUUCUGGAUCGCGAUGGACUCCCCACCGCACGCGCUGAUGCAUUUCGGCAUGGCUGGCUGGCUGAAGAUCCGCGACGCAGACACUUACUACUACCGGACUGAUAAACCCGCGGACAAGGAGUGGCCCCCUAAGUAUUGGAAGUUUCUCCUGGAGACGGAUGGGACCCCUGUGACCGAGGCGGCUUUUGUGGAUUUCCGCCGGUUGAGCAGGAUCAGACUGGUGGAUUGCCCGGCGGAGGAGAUCCGCAAGUAUAGUCCGUUGAAGGAGAAUGGGCCCGAUCCGGUUGUUGAUAAGGAUGUGGUGACGCAGGAGUGGCUGGCGCAGAAGCUGCGUAGUAAGAGAGUACCUAUCAAGGCGCUUCUUCUGGAUCAGGCUAAUAUUAGUGGGAUCGGGAACUGGAUGGGAGAUGAAAUUCUGUAUCACGCGAAAAUACAUCCAGAACAAUACAGCAACACGUUGGGGGACGAUCAAAUCAAGGAACUCAACUCGGCGAUCCACUACGUCUGCUCAACCUCGGUGGACCUCCUUGCGGAUUCGGACAAGUUCCCCGAGGAUUGGCUGUUCAAGCAUCGGUGGAGUAAAGGGAAGAAGAACAGCACCUCUGCUCUACCCAACGGGGAGAAAAUAGUCUUUCUUACUGUCGGCGGACGGACAAGUGCGGUGGUACCGAGUGUACAGAAGAAGACGGGCCCGGUGUCGAAGGACAUCAAUGGGGAUGAUUCCAGCGCCGCCCAGGGGGAGUCUAAGCGAAAGAGAGCUACAAAGGAAGAAAGCAAUACACCUGUCAAGGAGGAAGAGGAAGAAGAGGAGCCGAAGCCGAAACGAGCAGGGUCGAAACGACAGAGCAAACAGAGCCUAAAGAGCGAAGAAGAGGUCAAACCAGAGGUAUCACCCGUCGGCCGGCGACGCUCGACGCGGACCAGAAAGUAA